AUGCUUGUCGUUGUCCUCAUCUGCGCGCUCGUCUCGUUGGCUACGGCCGGCAUCCCUUUCCCCAGGGACUCUAUCACCGUGACGGCCGCCGACACUGCGCCCUGUGACGACGUGACGUUCAACGUCACCAACUUGGUCGUCGACUGCUCCUACACGCCGGAAGAGGAAAAGGCAGCCGGCACCCUGCUCCGCCUCGUCGACGUGAGACUCACGGCUCUCGGCUCGAUCCCGGUCCAGAACAGCCUGCCGAUCUUCGAGUCCAAGCAGGCCGCGCCACCUUCCCUGGAAAUUGUUCCACACCAUCACGGCGCUUGUCUACAACGCGACGAUGCGGUCCCCCUGGCUGAUCACAUUGGCGGCGGCCCGCUGGAGCUCAAGCUGGACGUAACGCUGUCCUGGAAGUACCCAGAGCCGCCUCCAGCCGAAAAGCCCUACAAGGAAUGGUCCUGGAAUAUCGUUGGCUCGGGUAUGCUCGAGGGUACCGCCGGCGAGGGCAAAUUCGUUGGACAGAUCGAGCACUGUCAGGCAACCCUCACCUUGGAGCGCAAAUGCUCAGGAUCAGCGCCACGAGACUUGUGCCCCGGACCGGCCCCGCCCGACGGCAACAGCUUUUGGCUCUUCGUCGCGAUCUCGGUCGGCCUGCUCGUCUUUUCUAUCUGCUUCACCAUCAUCUGCUGCUGCCAAGGUCUUCAAGCGACUGAAGAAGAAAAGGACAAGGGGAAGCCGAAUCGCAUGGACGAGGACGAGAAUUCUGACGACGACGCGAAGAAGGGCAAGAAGAAGGGCAAGGGCGGAAAGGACGCAAAGGGAGGGAAGGGCGACAAGGGCGACAAGAAGAAGAGCAAGCCGAAGACCGAGGAAGAGGAGGAGAAAUCGAAGACGACGGGAUCGGUUGAAGCUGGACAUACGGAUCUGGAUGAGACUGUCGGAUCGGUUGAAGCCGGAAAGAAAAAG